CAUUUUCCUUUUUCUUUCUUGUUUAUUUUAAGUUUAACAAAAAUGAGCGAUUUAGAACAAAGUUAUGUACAAUGGAGAACAAGAUAUUUAAGAAGCUAUGAGGAUGGUUUAUACGUUUAUUAUAAAGACGAAAAAGAAGGUUUAAAAGAAAUGACUUGCUCCGAGGCUCAUGGUUAUGGCAUGCUUAUUUCUGUAUUAAAGCGUAAUCAACAAGAUUUUGAUGGCUUAUAUAGAUACUUUGCUCGAUUUAGAAAUAGAAAAGGAUUAAUGCAAUGGCAACAAAAGGUAGAUCAUCAUGGUAGAUUUGUUCCAGGUGAUGAAGGAGGGGAGAAUUGUGCUACUGAUGGUGAUGUCGACAUUUGUACUGCAUUAUUUGUAGCAGCUAAGGUAUGGGGACGUGGAGGACCACAUGGUGAAAUCGAUUAUCGACAAGCUGCAGUUGAAUUGGCAGGAUGUAUUUAUCAACACUGUAUUCAUCCUCAAACACAUAUGCCUCUUAUUGGUGACUGGGCAGAUCCUGGAGAUGAUGCUUAUUUGUUAACAAGACCAAGUGAUUUUAUUUUAAGUGGCUAUUUAAUUUUCUAUUAUGAAGAUACACAGCGUAAAGAUCAAUGGGCUCAAGUCAUUUCAGCUAUUAUAAAUACUAUUCAAGUCCAACUUAAUUUGAAUCCUCAAACAGGAUUAAUUGCUGACUUUUUGAAAUUGGAUCAAAACAGUGGACUCUAUUAUCCUGUUCGAGGUGAAGUUCUGGAAAGUGAACAUGAUCCUGAUUAUAAUUGGAACUCAUGUCGUGUACCAUGGCGUAUUGGUCAUUAUUAUAUGUUAACUCGAGAUGAACGAGUUCGACCUAUCCUUGAAACACAAGCUCAUUUCUUUGCUGGUCAACUUGCUAAAGGAGGUGGAAGAGGAGAUUGUGGUAUUAAAGCUGGAUAUAGAUUAAAUGGUGGUUGCUAUGUAGAUUAUACAGAUAUGGCCUUUGUAGCUCCUGCUUGUUUCCUCUUUUGGCUUCUUGGUUGGAAUAGCCAACUAGCUCAAAUACAAGGAGAAAUGAAACAAAUGGAGACUAGUUAUUUCGGUGAAAGUAUCGGAUUAUUAUGUUUAUUAGAUGCUAAUGUACCUCUUUAGAAAUAAUAAUAAUAAUAAUAAUAAAAAACACAUAUAAUAUAAUAAAAU